AUGUGCAACAACGUACAAACCUCUCAUCUGCUCAUUUGCAAGGGAGCGGAUCUGAGCAGGGACGAAAAUCAGCUGCUGCUGCGGGUUGCCUGCCUGUCCGACCUGUGGAAGCAUGGAAUCAUCGACUUGGCUCUCCGGAGUCCCAGCAUCCAGCAAGUCCUUGACGUUGGUUUCGGUUCUAACAAGCUGCCUCUCCUCCAUCGCAUCGCCAGGAAAGGCUCUUUAACGCUUUUUGAGCAAGUGGUCGAGAGAGGUGCAAACGUCUCAGCGCUGGGAGGGUGUGGGAGUACAGUCAUCCAUCAGCUGCUCUUGCGAUCUUCGUGGGACCAGACGGUCGACAAGAUCUUCGCGCUCUGCCUGCAGCGAGUGAGGGAGCACGGGGGAGACCUGCCCGUCUUCCUUGACCUCGCAUCACAGCCAGGCGGUCUCACUGCCUUGCACCUGGCCUGCAAGGCGGGGAGGACGGAAGCGAUCGACCUGCUGCUUGACAACGGGGCCUGCACCGACGUCCAGACGACCGAAGGGCUGAUACCACUCCACUUUGCGCUGCAGCAC